ACACACACACACACACACACACACACACAGAGACAUUGGUCACAUUGUGUUUUCAGAGGCAGUAUGCUUUAAAAUUAGAACCGCAAAUGAAAAGGAGUUAUGAAAAAUGUGUCCAAACUAAAUCUACAUCCCAGAAUUUAAAUCGGACUGACAGAUAUGAGUUUCUUGAAAUAUGAAGAAUUACCUGUGUAGCGAAAAUGGAUUGAUUAUGUCAUUAUUUGAAAUAACUACAGUACUAGAUAAAGCAAUUAUUAAUAUUUGGUAGAUAUUUAAAGCAUUGUGAUCCAUAGUGCACAGUGUGUUGAAGCUAGAGUAUAGUGCAGCAUUUUAUAAAGAGCAGUGACUGGUGGCUUUUGUCACAGCUAAUCUUUUUGUGAUUAGCUCCCCUCUGUGUUUUUUUCCUCCCACUUUCAUCUACACACAUGAGGGCUUUGUCUUUUUGUUUUAUUUGGAAAUGCAGUUGGUAACAACAUUAAUAUCCCAAAAGUUGUUUCUGUUCAUCUGGACGUAGCGUUUUCAGUGGGAGAAACAUUUUGUCACUCAUCCAAGUGACUGUGGUUUCCAAAAUUAUAAACAGUACAUUUGCAUAAUGACUGAAACCAGCCCACUGAAUGAUUCAUGGUCUGGUAGGUCAGUUCUUGAUCAUUAUUAUGCAAAUUGGCAUGGCCAUUGAUCAACAACAACUGAUCAAUGGCCAUGAGUACCAUUCGCAGAGAGUUGGGGAAUGGGUGCAAACACAGCAUUGUAAGAUAGUGAACAAUACAGCAUUAAUAUUUUAUGUCUUACUCUGAUUUAGAACUUCCCUGCCUGCAAGGAAUGCACUAUUAUCUCUGUUGCACUGAACUGCAUGCCAUUUUUUCAGUUAUUGUGUGUGAAUGUGUGUAUGAAUGGGUGGAUGACUGGAUAUGCAAAGCGCUUCUGGGUCCUUAGGGACUAAUAAAGCGCUAUAUAAAUACAGGCCAUUUACCAUUUAUUAUCUGCAUGUCAUCUCUAUUCUUCAUCCUGGUUUAGUUCAUAAAGUUUCACUUUCACCUCAAGAGAACAUGUAAGGAUUCUGGCAUGCUACUUAGCAAAGCUAAUCAGAAACUAUACCCAGGAUAAUACUGAGCUAUUAGCACUUUGGACUAGUUUGCAUUCUAAUUUUAUUAUUAAACAAAACCACACUCUGGGAAUAUGAUGGCACCACUCACCCACGAGCGUUUCAGAAUAAAAAAAAGAAAAAAAAGCCCCUUUAUUUUAUAAUUUAUAAAAGCCAGCUACCAAUACUAAUGCGCUUUUAUUAUUAAAUAUAUUAUUACAUUUAUAGAAAAAUAAUAAGUGUCAAAAUUACUGCCUGCAGGAUAGUAGUUUGUGUCACAAUCUGGUUGUAGGAACUCAGGUGUUAGAUGUCUCCAAAAAACAGUUUAUUUACAGCACCAGUGCACAGUAUAUCCAGUGAAGGGAAUCCAAAACUCCAGGAAAUCACAGGGUAGCUCUCUCACACUCGCUCACGUCUUCUUCCCACACUCACACACGCUCACACGGCAGGGAGGUCACAGGUCCGGGGAGGAAGGUCUGAAGCAGGAGAGAAGGAAAGAGAAGAAACUAAUCGCGAAUCUCGAAUUACUAAGCACAAGUUCACAGGAGCUGCGAGAAACACUAACAUCAGUAGUACAAUCAUCCAGUGACAAGAGGAAUUGUGUUCCAGCCUCAAAUAGUGCUCCCGGUGAUGACAGGUGAUUGUUGUCAGGUGUGUGGGUCAAGGGCGGGAGCCCACAGUGAGCUCCGCCCAGGCAGAGAGGGAGAGAGAGAGAGAGAACCAAAACAGCACAUGUAGCUUUGUGGGGCCGGCCGGGCAGGCACGGAGACCAUGACAGUUUGAGACUGAGUUGAAUGUGUUGCAUCUCUUUGUUUCACUCUGCAGGUGUGGAAGGAAGAGGAGAAAAGUGAAAAAGGCAAUUUAAAGCGUUUAUUUGAUUUUGCAUUCAGGUGGAGCAUGUCGGGACCAGGACAUACUAUUUCAGCACAGACAGCUAUGCAGAACAGGAAGAGUGGAUCAGAGCCCUGAGUGAUGCUGCUGAGGUCACUAGUCAACCAAGAAACAGGAAACACCAAGAUUUUAUCAACCACAGCAUAGAGACAAAGCCUCAUAACUCACAAACACAACACUUAUGCUCUCACAUAAAUAAUAGAAUGGAAGGGAAAAGUGAAGAAGCUGAAGGGGGAAGAACAACUCCUCCUCCUAGUGCCAUGACCCUCAACAGCAUUAGUAAACCCCCUCCAUCCAACAGCCACAAUGGACAUCAACCAGCUGAGGGACAUGAAGAGCCAGGUGUUGGUUUAUCAUAUGAGCCCAGGGAACAACAGGAGAAUGUGGUGCUGAGGAGAGGUUUUGUCCCAAGGACAGCUCCAGAGAGGUUGGCCCAAAGAAAGUGUUCAAUGGCUCAACUGCAACAGUGGGUCAACCAGCGGCGGGGCAUGGCCUCGCAAGAAGACAUCAACAGGCCACCCUCUUACUAUUCUGUGAACCAAGAAGUCUCAGCUGGCUACUAUAACUUUGUGGACGAAUACUCUUUGUACCUACCAGGGGUCCGACCAGACAGCAUCUGCUCUAUGUCUGCUGUGGGGGGCUAUGACAGACUAUGGACUAUUGAGCAAAAGCGACACUCUCUGAGGGAUGAACCCCACCGGUUGUACAGGAAACAGAUGCCCCAAGACCAAUGGGGGCCACAGUACUAUGGUGGAAUGGAAACAUCCAUGAGGAGCCUGUUUAUUCAGCCACGCUCCAAGUCUGUGCCCAGAUCACCAUCCUCAUCAUCGAGGCGGCCCUAUUCACCAGCGUCAUGCACCUAUGCCUCACCUGCUCGAUCACUAUCCAAUGGUUUUGACCGGUUUUCAGGGAGGAUGAAUGAAGAUGCAAUCUAUCCACCAGUCUACAGUCUGAGAAGAUCUUUCAGCUCCCCAAAGUAUAACUACCAUGGUGAAAGGAGAUCAUUAAACCAAGGAUUAUACCACCACAACUACCCUGUUUCCCCUUCUGUUCACAGUAAAAUGGAGGAUAUAUUAGAUUUUCAGCUCCAGCGCAACCUGGAUUACCUAGAUCAACAGGUGCCUCCUUUCCAGGAUAUAAACUACAGAGAACUGCAUCCUACACUGAAACUCAAUGAGAUCGAAACCAGUAAGCUCUUGGGGCGAUUAUGUGAGCAGAACCAGAUUUUGAAAGACCAUGAGGCAGUUGUCCACAGACUGAGAAUGAAUAAGGACAGCCUAGAGGAAGCACUGUUGGCUACUCAUCAGGAAAUGGAGAUAUACCAUAACCAGCCUUUAAUCAUGGAAAAGCUGCAGUUCAAAAAGGAAACCCAGCAGAACCAGCUGAUUAACAUCAGAGGGGAGCUCUCCCAGGCCUCCAGUGCUUUAACAACUGCUUGCAUGGAGUUUGAAGCAUUAGAGGAUGAGGCCAAUGCCAUCCAUGGAGACCUGUGGGAGCAGCUUAAUGCUGGAGGACAGAGUGAAUUAGUUCGGCGGCACAUCCAAAAAGAGUUUUGGAGAGUCCAGGAUGUAUUAGAAGGUCUACAAAAGAACAGCUUAUCCAGAGGCAUAAAAACAGCCAAGGGUAGAGUUGACAGUGGUGCAUCAGGGUCCUUUACCACCAAUAGUCCAGCAAGCCCACUGAGCUCAGUAAGCCUUACCAGUCCGCUGAGCCCCUACUCCCCAGUGCCUGUUUGCCAGGCUUCUCCAACCAAGGAGUUGGGUCUGAAGGAAAGUGUUCCCCCUAGGCCUCCCCUUCCCAAAUCCUAUUACCCAUUGGAUCCCUCCUAUACCUUUCCUCCCUCCAUCCCUCCCCUGCCUUUUGACAGCACGACCUGGCCACACAGCUUCGGCAUCGAUGUUGAUUACCUUGGUGGUGAAGAUUCUGACUUCAGAAAGCCCAAGUUUGGAGAAUCGAACAAUAUCAGUGAUGUUCAGGAGCAGGCCCAGGACAGGCAGUCCGCCAUGAAUAAAGUUGGCAUUGUUCCUCCUAGAACCAAAUCCCCCACUGAUGAAUCACAGAGGAACUUUACUGAAGUUCAUCGCCGUAACAGCAGAGUGCUUAAUGGAGUCUCCAGGGAGCGCCCAAAAAGUGCUGCUUUUCCCACAGAAAUUAAGAUGAAGAUGAGUGUGGAGGAACAAAAUGAGCGACUUCGUCGCAACCAGUGCAGUUCUAUGAGGGACAAAAGGAGAAGCCUAAACCUGUCAGGAGGCCAGUCUCCAGCCAAUUACAAAGUGGUCCGUAGGCGGCUGACAGCUCAUGAGAUUGACAUCAAAGACUUAGAGAAGGCAGUUCGAGGACAGGGGCAAGAGUCACCAGAGGAAGAAAUUGCUCGUCUGAGACGUUUACAGAUUGAACCAGAGCAUUACAACAUCAGCAAAGAGAUGGCUCCUGACAAGGUUCUGAUCCCUGAACGCUACCUGGAUGUGGAGAAUAACACUCUCUUGAGCCCAGAGGAGCAGAAGGAGAAGCAGAAGAAGCUAGAACGAAUCAAGACCCUUAUUGCCAAAUCAAAGUACAGUUUUAACUUCCUUUAAAUUUCUAGCAAAAGUCUGUUUAUUUAAAGCUGUACACAUUUUUAAAUUUGUAACAUCUUUUACCUCUUCAUUUAUAAUAAAAGGAGAUGAUAUUCAAAAGAGAACUGUGGUUAGAAAAACAAAUUUGUUGUCACGAGUUGCUGAGUGGCAGGCAGGAUAUCGGACCCAAAAGCAGACUUCACAGAGGCAAAAAUGCAAACUCAAAAAGCAGCUUUAUUGCUGACUCAAGGGAAAAAACAUACAAUACUACACUGGGAUAAUAUAAACAAAAGUCACGGAGAAUCACAGAGUGAAACGCACACAGCAUGAGGGAGAUGUGGACACAAUACAGAGAAAGAUAACAAGUGACGUGGGAGCACACGGGGAACACAGCUGAGACAAAUAAUCAUAACGAGACAGGCAGGAGCAAACACAACAUGAUGUACACUGACGGGAGACUAUCAAAGUAAAACAGGAAGUACACAGAGGGGGAGAGAGAACACAGAGGAGCAUGGGGGAGAGCACAGACUGGGCUGGGGAAACAUGAUGAAAUAAAACACAACCAGUGUUGGGGAGUCACAGAGUACAUGUACCGGCAUUAUGUAUUUAAAAUACAAAAUAUGGGUAACUGUAUUCCGUUACAGUUACCAUUUAAAAAGGUGGUAUUUAGAAUACAGUUACGUUGUUGAAAUAAAUGUAUUACACAGCGAUCUUUUACUGUUUCAUAUGUUAGGCUAUGCUCUCUCUAUUUUUGGUAAUUCCACGCCGGUGGAAACCCAAUCAAAACACACAUCAAGAGGCUCUAAAGCCUGUGUCUCAAUCCCACGGCCUAUGACAGCUCUACUUGCGGUCCGCAUAAUGACAUAAAGAAAUAUUUUUAAAAAUUAUUGUUCAAAAAAUUAUUUAAUUUGAAGGCAAUAGGCAGAGUGUGACAGGCAUAGCCCUGAAGAAUGUAGCCUCAUGGGCAGUGUAGCCCAGUUGUAAGUAAGCUAUUAAGACUCGACUGUACGCUGUGUUCGUGUUUUCCUCCGAAACAAUAAGCUCCGUUGAAGCAGCCUUUCUACGCCUCUCUCUGUCUCUCGCUAGCAAAGUGACCCAGAGAACAAAGUAAAGCUAGUUUUUGGCUAAGAGCCUGACACAAACCCGAUGUAUUAGCCAGAGGUCCCUUUAAUAUGGUUGGGAGCCGCGGACCUAUUUUAUAUACGCGUGUAACAGAACGUAACGUAACAGAAUACCUUACAAAAUACAUUUUAGGGCAUGCAAUCUGUAAUCUGUAGUGGAAUACAUUUUAAAAGUAACCUUCCCAACACUGAACACAAGGAGGGGAAACAAGGGUCAAGCACUCACACAAUUAAAUAAACACCGAUGCACAGAGGGAGACACAAAGUACAAAGGUUAACACAGAAUAAACUCAGGAUACCACAAAGAAUCAUAAACCAUAAUACAACAGGUCAUAAAAACAUAAAAUGCUGGGUCAAAAGGACCCAGAACCAUGAUAUUUGUAAGAAUAAGGAAUACUUUAUAUACCCCAAAAUUUGAAGAAUUACUAUGUCCCAGGUCUAAAAACAUAUAAAGCAAUGUACCUAAAAUAAAUACAAUAUCCAUUAAGGAACCCAAACUGACAAUACAAAAGCUGAAAAGGGAAACCUUUCAGUUUUAACAGUGUGACUCUUUUACAUUGACUCAAUUUAUCAGACUAGGAUUUACUGUAUAUAAUGAAAUGAAACUGACACAUAACUAAGCAUACUUGUCAGUACAAACUGUGAGGGGUGGCAAAAUGACAGACUUUCACAAAAAAGAAAACAUUCCAGUGAAAUUUAAAGUAGUGAAGCAACUUCUUUACUCGAGUAAAAGUGAGAAAGUACAGGCUCUGAAAUGUACUCAAAGUAAGAAAGUAAAAAGUAGCUCCUUAAUGAACAAUUCUGUCAGCUAUUUUUGUGCAAACUUAAACUAAACCUUGUGCUAAAAUAAUAAUAAUAAUAAUAAUAAUAAUAAUUUUAGUACAUGAGAAUGUUAUUCCAGUCUAAAUUCUAAUUCUAAUGAAUGUGACAUUACAAAAAAAGCUUUAAAUUUGCAGUUUAUCAAGUAUCACUGAGCAAUCGUUUGUCAGGGCUCUGUGUGCGGGCAGGCGGAGAGGAGGAUCCAAGCGCAGGACUCGAACACAGAAUUGUAAAUCAAAACCUCAGCUUUAUUGCUGACAUGAAAACCAAACGUGAAGUGACGUGAACACAGAAACCAAAAAACACACAGGCAUAAUCUGAGGGUACGACGCGACACUGGGUUGAGGACAACACAGGGCUAAUAUACACAGGGUGGUAAUCAGGG